AGCACGUUCAAGUUCAAGUCUGAGAGCGACAUCCACCUCGCCGAGCAUCACAAGCAAGUGUUGUACGACGGCAAGCUGGCGAGCGCCGUGGCGCUGGCCUACAACGCCCAAGCCACCGAUGCGCAGCUCUGUCUGGAGUCUUCCCCCAAGGAGCACGGCUCCAUCUUUGUGCACUCGCCACAUGCGCUCAUGCUUCAGGAUGUAAAAGCCACGGUGACUCACUCCAUCCACCGGGCCAUCCACUCCAUCGGAGGCAUCCAGGUUCUCUUCCCACUCUUUGCUCAGCUGGACUACCAUCAGUUGAAUGAAAGCCAAGUGGAGACCAGCGUCUGUGCUACCCUCCUGUCCUUCCUGGUGGAGUUGCUUCAGAGCUCUGUGGCCAUGCAAGAGCAGAUGCUGGGCGGAAAAGGCUUCUUGGUCAUUGGCUACCUGCUCGAAAAGUCGUCCCGCGCACACAUCAGCAGGUCGGUGCUGGAGCAGUUCCUCUCCUUCGCCAAGUAUCUGGACGGCCUGCCGUACGGGGCGGCGCUACUGAAGCAGCUCUGCGACCACAUCCUGUUCAACGCCGCCAUCUGGAUCCACACCCCCGCCAAGAUCCAGCUGUCUCUGUACACGUACCUGUCCUCCGAAUUCAUCGGCACGGUGGCCAUCGACAGCACCAUCCGGCGUGGCGGCACGGUGCUCCAGCUCAUGCAUACGCUCAAGUACUACUACUGGGCCGUCAACCCGGCAGGCGGCAGCGGCAUCGCCGCAAAGGGUCUCGAUGGUCCAAGGCCGACCCAGAAAGAAAUCAUCUCUCUGCGGGCCUCCAUGCUUCUCUUUCUCAAACAACUCAUCUUGAAGGACCGAGGUGUGAAGGAAGACGAGCUCCAGAGCAUCCUCAACUAUUUGUUAACAAUGCAUGAGGACGAGAACCUCCACGACGUGUUACAGCUGCUGGUGGCCCUCAUGUCCGAGCACCCGGCCUCCAUGAUCCCCGCUUUCGACCAGAGAAACGGAAUACGGGUGCUCUACAAACUUCUGGCAUCCAAGAGUGAAAGCAUUCAAGUGCAGUCCCUCAAAGUGCUUGCCUACUUCCUCAAACAUUUGGGACACAAACGAAAGGUGGAGAUCAUGCACACCCAAAGCCUCUUCACCCUCCUGGGCGAGAAGCUCCUGCUGCACGGCGGCGGCGGCGGCGGCAUGACCGUGACCACCUACAACACGCUGUACGAGAUUCUCACGGAGCAGGUGUGCACGCAGGUGGUCCACAAACCGCACGCCGAGCCCGACUCCACUGUCAGGAUUCAGAACCCAAUGAUCCUCAAAGUGAUCGCGACCCUAUUAAAGAACUCGGCCCCCAGCGCCGAGCUGAUGGACAUCCGCCGCCUCUUCCUCUCCGACAUGAUCAAACUGUUCAGCAGCAGCCGAGAGAACAGACGAUGCCUGCUGCAGUGUUCGGUGUGGCAGGACUGGAUGUUCUCUCUGGGCUACAUCAACCCAAAAAGUCCGGACGAGCAGAAGGUCACCGAGAUGGUAUACAACAUCUUCCGUAUCCUGCUGUACCACGCCAUCAAGCAUGAGUGGGGGGGCUGGCGCGUGUGGGUGGACACGCUCUCCAUCGCGCACUCCAAGGUGACAUAUGAGGCACAUAAGGAGUACCUGGCCAAGAUGUACGACGAAUACCAGCGUCAAGAAGAGGUGAACAUCAAGAAAGGGAAGAAAGGCUCGGUCAGCACCAUCUCGGGUCUGUCGGCUCAGGCCGCCGGCAUGACGGCCUCGGUGGAGAUCGCAGAAAUGGAUGGCAGCUCCCGCUCGCCGGGCAGCGACGGCGCCGAUUCGCACGACGCCUUGGCCGACGGGCGGAAGCCGGAGGAGAGCGCGGCGGCGGCGGUGGUGGGCGGCGUCGCAGCGGAAGUCCAGCACCUCCUCGUGGACAUUAAAGCGGAGAAGGUGGAAGCAACAGAGGUGAAGAUGGACGACAUGGACCCGCUGAUGGAGGUGGGCUCUCUGCUGGACGACGUUUACGGCGCCGUGAUGCUGCCGAAGAACGGACCGGCGGACCGGCGGAUCUCGGCUCCUCUGAUCUCGCUGGACGACGACAAAGACGGCGUCCUUCAGGGCAGCGCUUUUUUGUUGCCCGACUUGCACCCGGCUCAUCCUUUGGAACCGGGCGAAGAUCUGCGCCUUCUGGCCACCUCUGACUUUGCCUCCUUACCUGGCAUCUUGGAAAAGGACGAGCUCGAAGUCCAGGGCAUCAACUCGGCGGAGGGGGCCUCAACCCCAGUGGCUGACCAGGGAAGCGUUGCGGUGCCCUCUAAAGGCGACGUUUCUGCCCUGUGGAGCGGGAGCGAGAAGCCCUCAGACGCAGCGGAGGACGGCAAGGAGAUAAAGAUUCAAACCAGGACAACCACGCAGAGCCUAAACAGCCGAUUUGGCAGUCCGGCGGACAGAGCCGAUUUGCGGGCCGACGGCGCCCUGCCAGAGCGGGAGUACGAACAGCAGCAGCAGAGGCGUCAGUUCAGCCCGGGCCCUCGCACCACCAUGUUCCGCAUCCCGGAGUUCAAGUGGUCGGCCCUGCACCAGAGGCUCCUGGCCGACCUGCUCUUUGCCCUGGAGAGCGACGUGCACGUCUGGAGGAGCCAUUCCAGCAAGUCUGUCAUGGACUUUGUCAACAGCAGUGAGAACAUCAUUUUCGUCCACAACACCAUCCACCUCAUCUCGCAGAUGGUGGACAACAUCAUCAUUGCCUGCGGUGGCAUCCUGCCGCUGCUCUCAGCCGCGACUUCUCCGUCUGUGGAGAACAUCGAGGCGACGCAGGGCAUGUCGUCGGAGACGGCCAUCACCUUCUUGUCUCGUCUGAUGGUGAUGGUGGACGUGCUGGUCUUCUCCAGCUCGCUCAACUUCAGCGAGAUUGAGGCGGAGAAGAACAUGUCGUCCGGCGGCCUCAUGCGUCAGUGCCUGAGACUCGUGUGUUGCAUGGCAGUGAGGAGCUGUCUGGAGUGCAGGCAGCGGCACGGUGGUUGCGGGAACAUGCCGUUCGCUACCAACAACAAGUGCCAGGACAUGCCACCAAAUACUCUGUCUCCCAUCAAGGACCCCGAUCGCCUCCUGCAGGAUGUGGACAUCAACCGCCUGCGUGCCGUGGUCUUCCGUGAUGUGGACGACAGCAAGCAAGCUCAGUUCCUGGCUCUGGCCGUGGUCUACUUCAUUUCGGUUCUGAUGGUGUCCAAGUACCGCGACAUCCUGGAGCCUCAGCGCGAGACGGGCAGGUCAAGCGCCAAGCCGGGCCACGGUGCGCAACGCCAUCAGGAUGCUAACGCGCCCGCUGCUGCAGAAGCCACGCAGACAUUUGUGGACCCUCCAGACCUUCCUCCAGCUUCAGAGGAGCGAUCGUUUCCCCACAGCGAGCCGAGCAUCCCGACCGAGGGGCUCGUCAGCGUAAUCAACGGCCGUGAGCCCGGGCCGGACCGCGCCGCCGGCGAGCUCUUCCCCGAGCCUCCGCCGCCCUCGUCCUCGGGGCUCAACGUCAAGGAGAUCCUCAAGAGUCUGGUGGCCCCGCCCAUGGAGGGCGUGGAGGCGGGGCUACAGACGGUCUCCUGCCCGGACCUCGCGGCCGAGGCCCAGAGGGCCCUGCCCAUGCAGUUUCACUCCUUUGACAGGAGCGUGGUGGUGCCCGCGAAGAAGCCGCCCCCGGGAGGCCUUGCCGUCACUACGGCGGGGGGCAGCCCCGCUACCGGCCCGGUGACGCCCAACAUCUUUGCGGCUACCUCGAGCAAUCCAAAGAGCAUGAUCAACACCAUGGGAGCCAUCGAUGCCUCCGCCGGCGGCGCCGGGACGUCGUCCUCGUCCGCCCUCGUCAACGGCGCCACCAGGAAGAACCUCCCGGCUGUGCAGACGGUGGCGCCCAUGCCCGAAGACACUCUUGAGAACAUGAGUAUCACCUCCAAACUGGAGCGAGCGUUGGAGAAGGUCGCCCCACUGCUGAGGGAAAUCUUUGUCGACUUUGCGCCCUUCCUGUCCCGAACCCUGCUGGGCAGUCACGGACAGGAGCUGCUCAUUGAAGGUCUGGUGUGCAUGAAGUCAAGCACGUCGGUGGUGGAGCUGGUGAUGCUGCUUUGUUCUCAAGAGUGGCAGAACUCCAUCCAGAAGAACGCCGGCUUGGCCUUUAUUGAGCUCAUCAACGAAGGAAGGUUGCUGUGUCACGCCAUGAAGGACCACAUCGUCCGGGUGGCCAACGAGGCCGAGUUCAUCCUGAACAGACAGCGAGCCGAGGACGUCCACAAACAUGCCGAGUUUGAGUCGAACUGCAGCCAGUACGCUGCCGAGAGACGAGAGGAAGAGACCAUGUGCGACCACCUGAUCGGCGCCGCCAAGCAUCGGGAUCACGUGACGGCCAGUCAGCUGCGGCAGAAGAUCGUCAACAUCCUCACCAACAAACAUGGCGCCUGGGGGACGCUGGGCCAGAGGCCGCCUCCCGACUUCUGGCGUCUGGACUACUGGGAGGACGACCUGCGGCGGAGGCGGCGAUUCGUCAGGAACCCGCUGGGCACUGUGCACUUGGAGGUGUCGUGCAAAACUCUGCAGGAGUACGCGACGGAAGAGGACGAGCUGGUUAAGUUGAAGACUUUGGUCUUCCCGGGCCAAAGUCUUCCCAGCCAGAGCCCCGAAAUGGAGCUGAUUCUGGACGGAGACGAUGACUCCGCCGGCCUGCUGCAGGAGAAGGAGACGGACGGCCUGGGUGGCCCGGUGGUGCUGAGCAGCCCGGCCCAGCUGGUGGCGCCCGGCCUGGUGGCUCGGGGGACCCUUUCCAUCACCGGCAGCGAAAUCUACUUCGAGGUGGACGAGGACGACCCCGCCUUUAAGGGGGUCAGCCCCAAGGUUUUGGCGUACACAGAAGGUCUGCAUGGGAAGUGGAUGUUCAGCGAAAUCCGCGCCGUAUUCUCCAGGUGUCACCUGCUGCAGAACACAGCCGUGGAGGUCUUCAUGGCCAAUAGAACAUCUGUCCUGUUUAACUUCCCUGACCAGUCCACAGUGAAGAAAGCGGUCCAUAGUCUUCCUCGAGUCGGAGUGGGGACCAGCUAUGGACUCCCACAAGACAGGCGGGUCUCGCUGGCCAGCCCUCGGCAGCUCUUCAAGUCAUCCAACAUGACGCAGCGCUGGCAGAGGAGAGAGAUCUCCAACUUUGAGUACCUCAUGUUCCUCAACACCAUCGCAGGCAGGACGUACAACGACCUGAACCGCUACCCGCUCUUCCCCUGGGUGCUGGCCAGCUACGACUCUCAGGAGCUGGACCUCACCCUGCCCGCUAACUUCCGAGAUCUCUCCAAGGUAGCGCACGCAACGGCACGCCGCGUGACGGCUGUCGGGCUUCUCAAACGGGAGCUGAACUGCAGUCGGGGCGUGGGAAUGGGGGAGCCGUUCACCAGCUUGUUUCUCAGCGCCAACAAUGACACAUUUGACCACCCGGACCGCAUCUUUUCCUCCAUCGCUCGCUCGUGGAGGAACUGUCAGCGGGAUCCCUCCGACGUCAAGGAGCUGAUCCCGGAGUUCUUCUACCUGCCGGAGAUGCUGGUCAAUGCCAACGGCUACCAUCUGGGAAUGCGCGAGGACCGCGUCAUGGUGGGCGACGUGGACUUGCCGCCCUGGGCCAAGACCCCCGAAGACUUUGUGAGGAUCAAUAGAAUGGCGCUGGAGAGCGAGUUUGUGUCGUGUCAGCUGCAUCAGUGGAUUGACCUCGUUUUCGGCUACAAGCAGCGCGGGCCCGAGGCGGUGCGCGCCCUCAACGUCUUUCACCACCUGACGUACGAGGGCGGCGUCAGCCUAGACGCCAUCACAGACCCUUUGACCAGAGAGGCCACGGAGGCGCAGAUCCGGAGCUUUGGACAGACGCCAUCUCACUUGCUCAUCGAGCCACAUCCUCCACGCAGCUCCGCCAUGCACCUGAGUCCUUUGAUGUUCAAGGACCAGCUGCAGCAGGACGUCAUCAUGGUGCUGAAGUUCCCGUCCAACUCGCCGGUGACGCACGUGGCCGCCAACACGCUGCCGCACCUCGCCGUGCCGGCCGUGGUCACCGUCACGUGCAGCCGCCUCUUCGCCGUCAACCGAUGGCACAACACUGUCGGCCUCCGGGGAGCACCCGGAUACUCCCUGGAGCAGGCUCAUCAUCUCCCAAUCGAGAUGGACCCUCUGAUUGCCAACGGCGCUGCGAGCAACAAGCGUCAGAUCACAGACUUAGUGGACCAGAGCAUCCAGAUCAGCACGCAGUGCUUCGUGGUGACAGCUGACAACCGCUACAUCCUGGUGUGCGGCUUCUGGGACAAGAGCUUCCGCGUGUACUCCUCGGAGACAGGAAAGCUGACCCAGAUCGUGUUCGGCCACUGGGACGUGGUGACGUGUGUGGCGCGCUCCGAGUCGUACAUCGGGGGCGACUGCUACAUCGUGUCGGGCUCGCGAGACGCCACUCUUCUUCUGUGGUACUGGAGCGGCAGGCACCACAUCAUCGGCGACAACCCCGCCAACAGCGACUACCCGGCGCCGCGAGCUGUCCUCACGGGCCACGACCAGGAAGUGGCGUGCGUGGCGGUCUGCGCAGAGCUGGGGCUGGUCAUCAGCGGGGGCAAAGAUGGCCCGUGCCUUGUGCACACCAUCACCGGGGACCUACUGCGGGCGCUGGAGGGUCCCGAGAGCUGGCGGCGGCCGCGGCUCAUCUCGGUGUCCAGCGAGGGUCACUGCAUCGUGUACUACGAGCGCGGGCGCUUCUGCAACUUCAGCAUCAACGGCAAGCUGCUGGCCCACAUGGAGCUCCGCGACAGCACCAGGGCCAUGGUGCUGAGCAGCGACGGGCACAAUCUGGCCACCGGUGGCGACAACGGCGUGGUCCAAGUGUGGCAGGCGUGCAGCCUCAAGCCACUCUACGUGUACCCUGCCUGCGACGCCGCCAUCAGAGCCAUGGACCUGUCACAUGAUCAAAGGACCCUGAUCACUGGGAUGGCCUCAGGAAGUAUCGUCGCGUUCAACAUCGACUUCAACCGCUGGCAUUACGAGCACCAACACAGAUACUGAGCGACGACCCGGCGGACACUCUGGACCAAGAACUGUGACCGGGUCCGAGAGAGACCGAGAUGUUGCGUGCGCCACCCAUCCCGGUGGCCUCGCAAAGAACAGGUUUGCGUUCAAGCAUCGUUGCGCUUUCCGCUGCGUCGACGUCUGCCAGAGUUUCGGGAGCCAAACGAGAACGUGGGAAAUAUGCAACAAAUGGUUCCGAGACUUGCUUGUAAACCGAACGGAAUCGGAUUAUCUCCCAUAAAUAUACAAGCCGGUGUCAGGAUGUGACAGUGACAUGCUGGACUUGGGAAGAAAAUUCCUGUCAAGCAGGAAUAUGUUUAUUUAUGUCCGUUUUAAACAUCCAGAGAGUCACACGGCACACAACCAUGAGGAGUUUCCAUCCUAGUGGAGCGCUCAUAAACACACAGCCGACCUAACCAAGGAGGGUGCGUGCGGUGGGGGGGGGGGUGAGUCACGACCAUGAUUAAGGUGACAUUUACAGGGAAGAAAUUUGUUUUCUCGGUCUCGUCCCCUGCCAAUGAUGUGUUGAGGUCAAUUCAUGGCAUCCAUUAACUUAGUCUCCAAGUGGGGGAGUUGGACCUGCAGACAAUUCUCCUCUUAUCUUAUUAAAGUUUAAAAUUUGACAUCCUAAUUCUUUUUAAUGUAAAAAAAAAAAAAAAUGUUUUCAAAUCAGGCCUUUCUCUUUUUCAACACGUCUUGGCUGGCUGGUAGCUCUUGCUUGUUCCCGCAUUUGUGCUUAAACACCGCCCUCUAGUGGGAGAGGAACGUUCAAACACACGCAAAUCUGAAAUUCGAGAUCAUGCAAGAAUCGUUUCAAAUCAACCAUUGAUCCCAAAGCAACAGUAAAAGAAUGAAAGAACAUUAUUAUUUUUUUAAGGACUGUGUGAGGCCAUGUACCCAACCAGCCCCUCCUCAAGCGAGCGACAAUACAGGUAGGUCGCCCCCCCCCCAGAGGGACCGAAAUUGUAGCAUGCUUAUCAGACUGUUUUCUGUUUUCCAACACUCGGACACACAAUAACAGUGAUGCUCAAGCACUUGUGGACUGCGUGAAAGCGUCCUCCUGGAUUGUAUGACAUCACCCAUUCAGUCUGUGCACCCUCCCCCCAAAAAUAAGUGGAGCCGAUUUGCACAACUGAUUCUAUGUUGUUCAUUUCAAUUUCCGGGCCAGGAGCGUUUUUGCUCUUACUGCGAAACACGAAAAAGUACUCUUAAGUAAUGCCAAGUGCCAACUUGGUUGAGAAGAAUUUUCUGGUGCGCUUUUAUUUGCACAUUUUGGUUAGUGUGUUUUUGUUGUUGUGUAAUCAAGUGUUUUGUCUUGUGUGGAAUCUGUUUUGGGGCGAUUUUAUUUGAUUUAUUUAGAAAUUACAUCACGUGAUUUUAUUGAGCGGCAAUUAUCGAAAACUUUAUUUCCGUGCAGUGGUUCAAUUCAAAAAGUGAAACCCAAACCUAAUUUACACUUGAAACGUAAUUCUCAUUGUUUUUCAUGUCCUAUUGUAAUUUCAAUCGAUGGCGGAUUUUUGAAGGCUAUUGUCAGGCGUGUGCGAUAACUCCAGCAGCAUAUAGCUAGAAAAUAAGUAGUGUGGCGUGAAUUUGUUUGAGUUCCCCUUAGGAAUUGAACUACUGAAAUACUGGACAUCAUCAAAAGUAUAUUUGAAUCACACAAUAAUUCAUCCAAAAUUUGGUUGCCCCGCUCAGCUGAACUGAGCGUCAGGACAUAGGAACGCUUCAGACAUUUUUGUGCAGUCUUUCACAUUUUCACGCCCUCGAUUUUGAAUGUGUGACAAAAAUAUUAAGAAAAGAAAUCAAUGCUGUACCAUGUGCACUGGGAAGCAAUAUGAAACUCAAAGCAACUGUGCGGCCAUGACAUGAAACAUAUUUAAUAAUUUAAAGUAUGCAAAUUGAUUCAUAUUUUGUGGCAAACUUACGAGAGGAGAGCUGGAAAAUAAGCUUUUUGUUGUUUUCGUUUGAGAAUCAUUUAGAUUCAUUUGUAUUCAUUAGUUCAUGUUUGCAUGUGUUUAUGCAUGGCUGUUUUUUAUUUAUGCCUUGAUACUUAAUUGCCUAUUUGUAUACUUAUGUUUUCUGAGUUGCAUUUUUAAUAUACAUUUAUAUAUAUUUUAUGUGCGGGAUAUUUUCUCUUCAGAUGUUAUUCAUGCAAACGUGUUUAAAAAAAUGUCUUUUUUUUUCCAAGUGCUUUUACUGCCACCUUCUGUCUGAACUUGUCACAGCAGGAUUUCGCUUUGAAAAAUGUUUCCCCACAUCACUUUUCAGCAUUUUUAAUAAGAGAAAACACGAAUAAAAAGAUUUUUGGAAAAAAAAGCUUUGUCCAGAUUUUAUUUUCUUUUGCAAUUUGCUUCUCAUCUGUUGGGCAAAUGGAUUUCGUAACAUCCAGCUGCCUCUCACUGACAGGUGCGGA